UAACAUUAUAGGUACAUCACACAACACCGUAUUAUAUGCUCAGUUCAAACAGUAUAAUAUUAUCAUAUCGCGGUUAGGUUUUAUCRGUUUUCAGUCGGCUGCCGAGUUCCGACGAGAUCGAACGUUGUUGGCUGUUGCUAUUCCUACAGCGGCGAUAAUAAUAAUAAUAAUUUAUUCUCAUCGUCCACCGAGUCGAUUUCAGAUCGUAAAAUAUUUUUAUUAUUUCUAUUUUGGAAAUAAUUAARUUCCGGCGCAGCUAGUUCGCUGAAACGACUCGUGUUCUCAACAAUAUAGUCUGACCAACAUGCGUUUAGUGAUGGCGAUGUUAACGUCGCCACUUUUAGUCGCGGKCCUCUACUUGUUCGUCUGCAGUCGGACAGUCGUGGCGAAGGCAUCCGGAGACGGCAAUAGCGAUGGGGCUCUGUACCUGACGCCCCUGAUACAGGCAGGCCGGAUCGACGAGGCACGGGAAGCGUGCAAGGUGAAACCGCCGAAGGCGGAUAUCGAGAGCUACUCCGGUUACCUGACUGUGGACGAGAAACACGGUUCCAACAUGUUCUUCUGGUUCUUCCCGGCCAUGAGCGGCGCCCGGGACGCGCCCGUCAUGCUGUGGCUGCAAGGCGGCCCGGGCGCGUCCAGYCUGUACGCCGUGUUCAACGAGCAUGGUCCGUUCUCAGUGGCCAAGACCCACGGCCUCAAGCUGCGCAACCACACGUGGGUGGCCACCCACUCGGUGAUAUACCUCGACAACCCGGUGGGCACAGGAUACAGCUUCACCGCAGACGAUGGAGGUUACAGCGUCAAUCAGGCAUCUGUCGGCAUCAACGUGUACACCGCCUUGGURCAGUUCUUCACRCUGUUCCACGAAUACCAGAACAACGAUUUCUACGUGACCGGCGAAUCGUACGCGGGCAAAUAUGUGCCGUCCGUGUCAUACUCCAUCCACCUCAACAACCCCAAGGCCGAGGUCAAGAUCAACCUCAAGGGGCUGGCCAUCGGCAACGGUUUGGUAGACCCAAUCAACCAAUUGAUGUACAGUGAAUACCUGUACCAACACGGGUUCGUUGACGAGUWCGGUAAACAAGAGUUAGAAGAACUGGAGAGCACGGCCCGUGUCCAAAUCCUCCGCAAUGACUUCGAGGCUGCUUUUCGGACUUUCGACAAACUACUGAAUGGCGACAUCUACCCAUAUCCGUCGCUGUUCCAGAACCUGACCGGCAUGCGGUACUACUUCAACAUGCUGUGGGACCGCGAUCCAACUCCGUAUGGUGACUGGGAGAAGUACGUGCAAGAGCCAUUCAUGCGGGAAGCGCUGCACGUGGGCCAGAGGCCGCUGAACAACGGUACGGUGGUCGAACAGCACUUGGCCGAUGACAUGAUGCAAUCGGUGGGCUCGUGGUUGGCUAACUUGUUGGACGCCGGACAGUACCGAGUUCUGUUGUACUCCGGACAGCUGGACAUUAUCGUGCCGUACCGGGGCACGAUGAACAUGGCAAAAUCGCUGAAAUGGUCGGGCGCAGAGCAGUUCCAUAACGCGACGCGGACCAUUUGGCGGGUGGGCUCCGAAAACUCAACCGUCGUAGCUGGUUACGCGACCACGGCCGGACCGCUAACCGUGUUGCUGGUCAGAGACGCCGGUCACAUGGUGCCSGCAGAYCAGCCGAUUUGGGGGCUGGACCUAAUCAACCGAUUCACAACCGGCAAACCGUUUUGACCAGACAACAAGUUCGACGAUUUCAUGACAAUAAUAUUGUAAUAUUUUAUGUUUUUUCAUAUUAUAACAAUAAUUUUAUAAUUGUUACGCAUUUAAUCGCCAAAGGUGAGAAUAUUUUUAUACCUAUUUAUAUUUUAAUUGGCAUCAGUUGCCGAUAAAAUAUGUGUUAUAAUUUAUAACCUCCCGCGUCAGAUGAUGAUUAAUUAUUUUAAUUUUGUAUUCUAUAUGCAUACCUAUCUAAUGAUUUACUAAUAAUAAAUAAAUAACAAUAUUUUAUACACUUGUA